AUGGACUCCAAUCUCCUCAACCACGACGUUGUAACAGAAAUCCUCUCGCAUUGUCCAUUCACAUCCGUCUUGAGAUUCCGAAGCGUCUGCAAAUCAUGGCGCGAUCACAUCGAUUCUGAAGCCUUCAGAAAAUCGCACAUUCUCCACCAUGCCGACGACGACAGAGACGGAGAGACGCUACUCAUGCAGUUCAGUUUCCGAAAACACGGAGUUCCGGAACUGUCAGUGUUUACCGGCAAGCUGCACAGCAACUCCCUGCCACCUUCCCAGGAAAUCUCGGACUACCUCGCCGCGGACUCUACCUGUCACGCUCAAAUCGCCGGCCCUGCCAACGGCGUGAUCUGCGUCUACUACAGGGCCUCCGGCUCACCCGUUGCCGUAUGCAACCCUAGUUUAGGCCUCAUCGCCAUCUUGCCAAUGCCACCAAACCCUAGCUCAAAGUCCCUCGAACCAAAUCACCAUAAGGCGUUGUUUCGUGACUUCGGGAUUUGGUUCGAUGAGGUCGCACAAGAUUACAUGGUUGUGCAGCUGUUGUCGUGCCACAUAAACGGCCUCUACUUAAUAGGCUCACACUUGCACGCUUCGGUAUACUCAAGAGCCACGAAUUCUUGGAGGGAGCUGAGCAUUAUUGAUCUUGGCUUGUGUGAGUUCAGCCCUAUAAAUUCACGGUGCAAGAACAGCGCCUUCGCGCACUGGCUGGCGAAAGACAAUGAUAGAAUUGAGUUGAUCUUGUCGUUCGACUUCAGGAGCGAGGGCUUCCGUGUCCUGGAGAUACCGGAUUUGGAGGCUUCGAAGAUGUAUAGGGAUAGGAAGAUUUUUGCGGAGGGUGGUGACUCUUUUCUUGUGUUUUUUUCGGGUGACGGGAAAGGGCCUGAUUGGUUGAACAUAUUUUGGUUGUGGAUUGAAGGGAGCAUGCUGCAAUGGAAUCACAUGAAGAGGGUUGGAGUUGGACCAUUUGAUGGCCUUGUCAUACCCAAGGCUUUGUGUGAGAGGGGUUAUGUUGUUUUGCAGUCUAAGAAUAAUGGGUAUUUGCUAAUUUAUAAUUAUUGUGAUGAAAAAUAUGUUAGAUGUUUCGAGAUGAAUAGGGAUGUGCCAGAGAUUUUUGAGUAUAGGGGAAACUUUGUUUUGCCUUAG